AUGACCUUGACAUCUAUUCAAGCUGCUGGCAGUGAAGGGCCAAGCAUUGGGCCUUUGAUUGGUGGAAUAUCUGGAUCAGCCAUUGGCCUGAUAGUAAUAGUUGUUGUUGCUAUUGUCAUUUAUAAACGAAAAACUACAGAUAAAAAUGAUGACAUGGAAAUGAUUAACAACUCUAGACAUUCGUCUGCGGACGACGAUUCAGAUGGAUUGAAGCGAAAUAUUCUGUAUGAAUCAUCUGAUGGCCUGAAAUCUAAUAUACUGUAUGAAUCAGCUGGGGCAAAUUAUCAACCAGCACCUGGACCAUCCUCGGAGUAUGCUAUUGUAUGUAAACCAAACAAAAAGAAUGGUGCCCCUGUUGAUCCAAAUUCUGUCUAUGCUGUUGUGGAUAAGACAAGUAAAGGCGAGAAGGAUUCUAAAAAUGAUUUAUAUGCUGAAGUCAUGAAGCAACCAAAAGGAAAAGGCGGAAAAGGGAAAAAGAAGCCUCGCGAAGAACCAAAGCAAGGAAAAGGAAGGAAAAAGAAUAAGAAGGCAGACCAUGGAAAUGAACGAGAUGUUUACGAAAAUGCCCACGCAACUGCUGAAGACGAUCAAUUGUAUGCCAAUGAAGUCAACACCUCCAAACCUGAACAAGGACCUUCUAGAAAAAGGAAUCAAGAUGGGCUUCUGUAUCUGGAAGUUGAAUUUAAAGACGAUGGCAGCAAUGGGCGCAGAGCUGUGAUACAUGGAAUUGAGAAUCGGAAUGACUAUGCGGACAUUGAUUUCACGAAGCGUGCAGACCCGUUACCAGAUCAGGAUGAUCCCGAAAAGAACACGGCAGAAGCAGAUGGUAAAGCAAAAAGGGAUGCAAAAGAUUAAAAUAAUUUUAUAUCAAGCAUAUACCACAAUGAAAUAGAAAAGUACCACGCGAAUUCAGUUAACUGCAGUUACAUUUAUUAGAUGUGAGAUGUUAUAUUUUAUAUUGUUAUGUUAUGGAAUUUUUCUA